AUGUCGUCCAACGAUUUCGAACGCGAAGCAGCUCGCAAAGACUAUCGACCUCCGCAUUCCCGCAAUCACCCAAUUCCAACAAUCCAAAAGUACCGUGAGCAUCGGGAGGAACUCAAAGGAGAUAGUCAGCGGGCGGAAGAUGCACAACACACCGAGGAGGAUGACUCGAAGACCAAGAGAGCUUUCAAUGCGGUGAAAUCUAUAGUCAAGAAUGAAGACCAGGGGGAUGCAGAGGGAAAUCCAUAUCCAACGCAGAAUCUGAAUGAGAAACACCAGGAUAAUGGAAUAUCGGGCGAGCAUGAUUCUGGCAUACCGAGUGUGCCUAAUGUGGAUGGCAAUGAUGAUUCGGGACCCAACAGCAAUGGAAAGAGUGGCAAAGGCAAGGACAAAAAAGAUGGUUCAGGGCAGUCAGCGACAGAGAAAACUGCAGGGACAAUGGACCCGAAACAAAAGCGAAAGAAUAUGAAGCAUAACAAACGAGAUGAUGGAGGUCGUGAGGUUACGGAUCCGGUCACACAUCUACCACUUGUCAUUCGAGACUCGACGGACAAGGAUUUGAGAAGAGCACCUGAGAAUGAACCAGAACAGAAGAUUAAGAAAUCUACGACGGGGAUGAGCAGUAAUUCGAAGACACCGUCUCAUUUGGAUCGCGAGAAGGACGAGAUACAAAAUGGAUAUGAUGGGAUGCAAAAGACGUUUCCUCCUCCAAAUUUCGACGACUUGAAGGCUGAGCUUAUGAGACAGUAUCAGUUGACGAUAACUAUUGGACUGGCUGUGAUAUCGGUACUGUCAGCGGUUGUGUUGGUUUUACUUGUCUUUCUGACCAGAGGAUUGGGAGGCGACCAUCAUAAAUCCGGACUGUCCAAGACGACAAUGGCUGGUAUAGGAACAUUUAUUGCGAUUGCAGUGGGUUCUGUGGCAGUCGUCAUAUUCGGGCUCCAGGGCUGGCUCAGCAAUAAGGUGGAAACAUUAUGGGAAGACGAAGUCUGGGAUUCAGCAAGAGUAGAGGAGAGAGAAGGUCAAAAAGAUUCCAGCCGAUUGCCUGAGUCGGUGGCGUGGAUGAACAGCUUACUCGCCUCGGUAUGGCCAUUGGUAAACCCUGAUCUCUUUGCUUCCGUGGUGGAUAUGUUGGAAGAUGUCAUGCAAGCUAGUUUGCCAAAGAUCAUUCGGAUGGUCAGCGUUGAUGAUUUAGGUCAAGGUAGCGAGUCGAUCCGUAUUCUGGGAAUACGCUGGCUUCCUACCGGUGCAGCAGAUCAAUCCGUUGAUGAAGACGGGAAUUUGAAGCCUGCUAGUGAUGGAAAACCCAACGAUCGAGCUGCACCGGGAGAAGGACAGCUGGAAGAUGAUGAAGAUGAUAAAAUCGAGGAUGAGCUGAAUGAUGAUCCAGAGAAGAAGAAAGCACGAGAAAAGAAAAAGGCCGAGGAGCAGGAAGAGAUAGCGAUGCGUGAGGGUAUGGAAGCUGAGCAGGGCGAUUUCGUCAAUAUGGAACUUGCUUUUGCGUAUCGAGCUCGCUCGUCUGGAAAGUCGAUAAAAUCCAAGGCUAAGAAUGCUCAUUUGUACCUCAAGUUUUACUUACCAGGCGGCAUCUUUGUGCCUGUUUGGGUGGAACUUCGCGGUCUGAUAGGCACUAUGCGAUUACGGCUGCAACUCACACCGGACCCGCCAUUCUUCAGUCUUUGCACUUUGACGUUUGUUGGACAGCCAAAAGCUGAUUUGUCCUGCGUUCCGCUGUCGAAACAUCUUCCGAAUGUCAUGGAUGUUCCUCUGAUAUCGUCUUUCGUGCAGACCUCAAUCGAUGCUGCACUUGCCGAUUAUGUUGCACCCAAAAGUCUUACGCUUGAUCUCAAGGAUAUGCUGGUAGGAGACGAUUUCAAGAAGGAUACUGUUGCCCGAGGUGUCAUCGUUAUUCUUAUCAAGCAGGCCAAAGACUUCAAAGAGGGCGAUGGUGGUAUCGGCCCAAUGAAAGGCUCGAGUGAUAGCUAUGUCACUUGUUCGUGGGGCAAGUUUGGGAAAACAGUAUCUUCGACAAGAGUUAUCGAAGACGAUCAGAGCUCGAUCUGGGAUGAAUGGGCUUACAUGCUUGUGACGCCAGAGGAGCUCAAUGCGGAGGAGAAGCUUCGACUGCAACUGUGGGACUCUGACAAGUACACUGCCGAUGAUGAUCUAGGAAGGGUAGAGGUUGAUCUGAAGGAGCUGAUGCAUAGUUCGAAGACUAAGAAUACUAUGUGCGAUAGGGAAGAUCGGUUCAUGGGUGAGGAGCCAGGCGAGAAAAUGCCUGGAACUCUCCAUUGGUCUGUUGGCUACUAUGAGAAAACGAGAAUCACGGAGAAGCAGAUCAGUCAGCAGAAAGAAGAUGAUAAUAUCAAGUCUAGGGAGGAUUUGAAAUCUCAUGUUUCCGAGAAUUCCGAGAGGAAAUUGCGAGAAGCAAAAGAACAUGAUGAAUCCAAAGAGAUCAAUCAACAAAAAGCGCAGGAUUACAGGGAGCUGGAAAACGCGAUGAUAUGUUCAUCUCCACCAGAUCCAAAUUACCCCAGUGGUGUUCUGUCAAUCCAAAUUCAUAACAUUACGGGCUUGGAAGUUGAAUCGUUACAGAAAAGGGAUGAGGAGGGAAUGGAGCAGAAAGAGGAUGACGAAGAGGAAUCGGAAGAAUUACCCAGUAGUUACUGCACCAUCAUUCUCAACCACGCAAAGCUGUACAAAACUCGAACGAAACCUAAAAACGCCAAACCAUUCUUCAAUGCAGGAACUGAGCGAUUCGUUCGUGAUUGGAGGACUGCUGAAGUUAUGCUUACCGUCAGAGACAGUCGGGAAAGGGAGCUGGAUCCUCUCCUCGGCAUCAUCUAUCUACCACUUGGAAAGGUAUUCGAGAAGAGAAGCCAGAUAAUGGACACCUUCCCACUGGUAGGUGGUGUUGGCUUCGGAAGGGCUCGUCUAUCUCUGGUCUUUAGAAGUCUUGAAUUAAAACUUCCCCGAGAGCUCCUAGGCUGGGACUACGGAACUCUUGAAAUCAGUUCGCCUGUCAAGUCAAAGGGCACACUUCCUCAUGGUCUCGCAGAGCAUCGAAUCAAAAUUCGGUCCAACCUAGGACGCGCAAAGUUGAGCGCUCAAAACGGCGAAUGGCAUCCAAAACGCAAUAAGAAAUCAGCGUACCUAGCUGUUCGCAAUCGUUACGCCAUGCCCCUUGUCAUCGAGUUCCGCAAAUCAAGCAUCGGUCCAGACUCAACGCCCGCAUUCGCCGUAUUUUGGCUCAAAGACCUCCCAGACGAAGAAGAACAGACCGUCACCCUCAAAGUAUGGACCGGCGGCAAAGACAACAUCAAAACCGCCACCACACGCUCUCGAUACUACGGCCUCGAAGAAAACGAACAACCCCUCGGCGAAAUCGAAAUGACCAUCCGCUUCUGGCGCGGUCUCUCGGGCUACCACAAAUCCUUCGCGCAAAAAGGUCGAAACGCAGACAUGAAAAACGUCAUGGAAGCCCUCGACACGGUGAACGACGAGAUCCACGGCUCCAUCUCGGAUUCCUCUUCUGAUUCUGACUCCUCUGAUUCCGCCUCCGACGACUCCAAAUCCGACCACGAAGCCUCAACCCGCCAGCAAAUCCUGCAACCCCACAAACACUCAGACACGGAAACGGACUCGCAUACCAAGAACCCGGUUAAGAAACUCAAGAAUAUGACGACGGACCUGGUGAAGGGCGAUAACGACGCGAGUGAUGGGGAGAGGGGCGUCAUGGGCCAGGUUAGGGAUUAUGGGUCCCAUCAUAGACAGUUGCAUCGGAAGCAUCGCGGCGUGAUGCAGUGGCGGGCUGCGAGGACGGGGGCGUGGGCUGUGGAUAAAGUCCGCAGGGUUAAGGGGGAUGUGAAGGGGGUUUUUGAACAUGGGGGGAAGGAACCUAGUUUGGAGACUGAGAUUUAG